AGGGGCAACAUCGCAAUUGUCACCGCCAAUGGGGACUCUCCAGAGCUCGAUCAACAGCUCAAGUUGAAAUCAUUGCUGCUUUCGGGCAUUUGCUUUUUUACCAUUCUUCUUUUCCCCUGACUGACUCUCGUUCCUCUUUUUAAAUCCCUUCUGACCCCAGUCUCUCCUUGCGAAACACCUACAAUUUUUGGGGGCGGUCAUAAUUGACCGCCAGGGACCAGGGUCUUAUAAAUAUGGACGGAGAUCCAGCUGUUGAACAAGAACUAGAUUCCUUCACUCGAUACUUUCCGCUGCCAUACCGAAUAGGCAUUAUUCUAGUUUUUGGCGUUUGGGCUUGGGCAAUUAAUCUUCACUAUCUCGCCGUGAUAAAAAUUGAUGUGCCGUCCUUGAUACGCUACCCCGCCCGGAGCUCAUCAGCUCAGCCGUCCCAUCACUCCUCGACUUACAAUCUUGCGACCCUCCUAACUAUCCCUCUGGCUCUUUCUCUGUUAUUCUUCUGGUCUCUGACACAUGGAAACCCAUCACUCGUGGUUCAAUGGGAAAUCCUCCCUCAGCUCUCCCUGCUCGGCCUCUUUCUUUCGUUCAUAGUACCCGUCCGACGACUUUCGAAAACAGGCCGCUUUCGGUUCCUCUCGACUCUUAAACGCAUCAGCAUUGGAGGUAUCGCUGAAGCGCAGGAUGGAAAAUUCGGCGACAUUCUUUUGGCGGAUGCUCUUACAUCCUAUGCGAGAAUACUUGGCGAGCUCUACGUUUCGGCGUGCAUGUUUCUCUCCCCCGGGAAAUCGUCAACGGGAAGACCGGACCGAACCUGCGGAGGCGCAUACGCUGUGCCAAUUAUCAUUGCAAUCCCAAGUGCUAUCCGGCUCCGGCAGUGUCUGAUUGAGUACCUUCGAGUUCGGCGAUCCAAUCAAAAGAAUGGAUUCAUUGGUCCGGCUGGCUGGGGUGGGCAGCAUCUUGCCAAUGCCCUUAAGUACUCUUCUGCUUUUCCUGUCAUCAUUCUGUCUGCAAUGCAGCGGAACUUUAAUCAACAUGGAACGACAUAUGGCAUGACCGAGGCUGGCCUUUUCCGUCUUUGGUUGUUCUUUGUCAUCCUCAACUCCGGCUACUCUUUCUACUGGGACGUUGCCAAAGACUGGGAUCUCAGCCUUUUUUCAGGCACCGUGGAGCGAAACAACCCGGAGCAUCCGUGGGGUCUGCGCCAACACCUGUACUUUCACACGGAUGAAAUCUACUAUGCGGUUAUUGCCAUAGAUUUUGUGCUCCGCUGUACAUGGAUUAUGAAGCUUUCACCGCACUUGGACCGUUUCAAUGAUAUCGAGAGCGGGAUAUUUGUCAUGCAGCUCCUCGAGGUUCUCCGCCGUUGGAUUUGGAUCUUCUUCCGCGUUGAGACCGAAUGGGUUCGCAACAAUAACCGCGGCCCCGCGCAAGAUGAUAUUCUUCUUGCAAACUUUAACGGAAAGAUCGAUGACGAUUGAUUGGCCAAAAAUAUAUCUCUUGGUUAUUGAUACGGCGCCCUGAAUAUACCAUUAUGCACUGCUCCUUCUUUUUUUUUUGAGCAACUACCUUAUAUCCGCUAGGAAGUUAGAAACUGUAUUGCCACCAUAUAUCCCUUCUCUUGUUUAAUACUUGUCUUCCUUAACCUUGAUAUGAUUUACCUAAAUCAUCAAACUACUACUCUCAGGACGGAAUAAGGC